UUGACCAGCUUGACACGCUCUUGGAACCACAGAUUCGAAACAAAAGAAUCGUUUACGUUCAAGAUCGGAUCUUCCUGCAUUUUGAAAGCGUCAGGUCAUAACAAAACAAAUGCUCUCAUUGUAGAACUGCCAUUAAAGAAUAGCGUGCUUUAUAAACCGACUGACGACAGAUAAUGGAAGAGCCUGAAAACAGCCAGACAACAAAGGCACCAGUUGUGGAGACGCAAUCCUGCCAGCCGUCAGCUAGACAAGAGCAGAAUAACGCAGAUCAGAAUGAACUGACGGAAGAUUCCGUCACAUGCCAUCAAACUGGGAUGCGUACCUUUGAGCAAGGAAGCAUCGAAAAGACAAUGAGAGUUCCCACCGAAGAGAAGCCAUUCAUCUGCCCAGAGUGUGGGAAGAGUUUUUCCGCCAAACAAAAGUUGGAGACCCAUAUUAGAAUCCACACCGGAGAAAAGCCCUUCAGCUGCCCUCAAUGCGGAAAGGGUUUCACGCAGCAGGGUCAGAUUAAAACACACAUGCGAAUACACACCGGAGAGAAACCCUUCACAUGCCCUCAAUGCAACAAGAGCGUUACGUCAAAACAGAGCCUCAAAAGUCACAUGAGAAUUCACACGGGAGAAAAACCGUUCACCUGUCCUGAGUGCGGCAUGAUCUUCUCCCAAUUAGGAUAUCUUAAACGUCACGUAAGAACUCACACCGGCGUGAAACCUUUCAGCUGCACCCAGUGUGGAAAACGCUACAAAGUGAAGCAAAGCCUUGAGAGCCACAUGAGACUUCACACUGGAGAGAAGCCUUUCACAUGUCCUCAGUGUGGAAAGGGUUUCACGGCAAAACAGUGUCUUAAAAGUCACAUGAGCGUUCACAUUAAAGAGAAGCCUUUUAAUUGUUCGCUGUGUGAAAUGAGUUUCACCCACCAGCAAAAUCUGAAGCGCCACAUGUUGAUUCACGCCGGAGAAAAGCCUUAUGUUUGCCGUCAAUGCGGGAAGAGUUUCUCGGUGAAACAAACCCUUGAGAAUCACGUCAGGAUCCACACCGGAGAGAAACCGUUUGCGUGUGCUGAGUGUGGAAAGGGUUUCGCCGUCAAACAAAACCUUGAGAGUCACAUGAGAGUUCACACCGGGGUGAAGCCUUUUUUCUGUCCUCAGUGUGGAAAGAGAUUCACAGUGAAGCAAAGCCUCGAGAAUCACAUAACUAUUCACACUGGAGAACGACCUUUUACGUGUUUAAUGUGUGACAAGACUUUCACGGUGAAACAUAAGCUCGAGUACCACAUGAGAAAUCACACCGGAGAGAAGCCUUACAUCUGCCCUCAGUGUGGAAACAGUUACGCCUUGAGGAACCACCUCGAAAGACACGUACGAAUUCACACCGGAGAAAAACCGUUCUCCUGUUCUAAGUGCGCAAAGAGUUUCACAAAGAAGCAGAGCCUUAAAAGUCACAUGAGAGUUCACAACAGAACUAAACCGUACAUCUGCUCUCAAUGUGGAAAGAGAUUCACGGUGAAACAAAGCCUUGAGAGUCACAUGAGCCUUCACACCGGAGAGAAACCUUUCACCUGCACCGAAUGUGGAAGGAGUUAUACGUUGAGACAAAACCUAGAGACGCACAUGAGGGUUCACAAUGGAGACAAGUGUUUUAGCUGCUCUGAUUGUGGACGGAGUUUCACAGUGAAGCAAAACCUUUAUGUCCACAUGCGAGUUCACACCGGAGAGAGGCCUUAUACCUGCGAGCAGUGCGGAAAGAAAUUCACGCAACACGGACAACUGAACCGUCACAUGAGAAUUCACACCGAACAGAAGACGACUUUGGACCAAUCUGAAGAAACUCCAAAUGACGAGACUGCAGACAAUUCAUCAGACAUCCAACAUCAAUCAGAGGGGAAAGAUGUAGUCACGGUGUUAAUAUAAUUCGAAGGCCAUGACAGAUAUAUAGUUGACGACAAAAAGUUAUUAGCGCAAUUAUUUUCCUAGUGCUGUUUACGCUUUAACACAUUUUUAAACAUGAUAGUUUUAAUAGCUAAUUUCUAUUUGUCAUAAUGACUGUACAUUUUUUUUUUAUUUUGCAAGAUACUAGUAUUAAAGUUCAAUUUAAAAGCUAACUAUGAUAUAAAUUAGGUUAACUAGGAAAGUUAUGUUAAUUAGGCUAGUCAUUGGAAAACAGUGGUUUGUUCUGUAGCCUGUAGGGUUAGGCGAUGUCGACCAAUUUAGCAUCGUACAAUGUCUAACGUGAAACAUCGCGAUGAACGAUGGCUUCAUCGUCGUAGGUGCGGGGAAAUUAAUUAUGCAUGAAUAAUUAAUUAACUCUUAACCAAUUAAUUAUUUGUAGCCUAAUGUUUUAACUAACAUUACCAGACCCACAUUGUCUUUGUUUUACUGAUAAUCAAAAUACCAAUAAAUAAAGUUACACACAAAUUACCACCUGUCAAUCACUCUUUCCACGGGACUCUGGCAUGAAUAGGCAGAGUGAUCUGUGUCGUUAUAAUGGCGUCGAUAAAACUUGGAUGGUGGUGCACAACCAACAGCAACCAACCAGCUCAGAGUCAGACGCAUGCAUAGCCUACACUGCAGCGCAUGACAAAGUGUGUGUGUGUGAUCACAUGAUGUGCGUUUUCAGCAAUAUAGUGUAGAAGGAGGGCUUUUCCGAAAAGCUAGGUGAAACGGCAAUGUGGACAGGGAUUGUUUUCAUUCUAAAAUGCCAUUUAAAAGCUAAGACGUAUUAGUGUAAAUGGGUCCAUGUGUAUUGUUCAACUCUGGUCCAUAGAAUAAAUGAUCAUUUCUGAAGGGAAAAUAUUGACCCUUCAUAACAAUAUUGACCUUAAAAAUUACUUUUAAUAAAUUAAAAAAUUAUUUUAUUCCAGUUAAAUAAAAAAAAAUAAAACGUUUCUCCAGAGGAAAAAAUAUAUAAUAUAAAUAAUGUUAAAAAUGGCCUCGCUUUGUUAAACAGCACUUGGGAAAUAUUUGAAAAAUGAUUAAAACUCCAGAGAAGGGUGAGUAAUUUUGCCUUUUACUGUAUGCCAAUGGGACAGUCUUUUUUAUAAUUAUUUAAAUGUUCAUCUUCAGCCAAUCCAUGCUGUAAAUAAAACAUUUUAACACAAUUAGUGUUAAUUGGUUCAGUAGUUACUGACUAGACUUUUAGCUGUUAAAGUGUAGCGGCAGCAUGCAUAUUCAUAAUCUCAAAUUUUCAUUGUUGCCUGUUUAUAUAUUUACACAUAUAUUGUACAUCUUUUGGGUACUCCUUGUAACUUAUAUAGAUUUAUAUUAAUUUAUGUUAUGUUCCAUGUUAGAACUGUAAUAACUGAAAGAAUAUUAUCAUUAUCUUUACAUUCUUGCAAUAAGAAGACUUAAGAAUUAGACACUGUGAAACAGAACAAUCCCAUUAUUGUAUCUAGGCAUGGGACGAUAACCGUUUUCAAGGUAUACCACGGUUUGGAAAAGUCAAGGUUUUAAAACCGCCCAACAUUUUCUGCUAUACCAUUUCUAAGCUAUGAGUAAGAUUUUUAUUUACAUUUUUUUAGGUUUUUAGGACAACAGUAUCUCCAGCAGAAAAGAUCUCCAAAGAUGCUGUUUUAAAUUGUAAGAAUUCAGUGCUUGUGAAACUAAUGAAGACAGCAGAAGUCAAUGAUUCAUUUGAAUUAUUCAGCCUGACAUGUUUACUGCUCCAAAAUAUAAUAAAUGUUUCUCAAAAUGAAAUAUAUUGUGCUCAAAGGGGGAAAAAGUUGUUGUUGUUUUUUUACUUAGACGUUUAAAAAGAACAUAUUUUUGAGCAGUAAUCACAAUACCGUGAAACCAUGAUAUUUUCAUCCAAGGUUAUCAUAGUCAUAAUCUUAUACCAGCCCAUGCCUAAUUGCAUCUUCAUGUUUCUGUUUAGAUGACUUCAGAGCUUUCACCAAUACAAGGUUAUUCAAUAAACUUUGUUCAUUUCUUACCACUUAAUGUCCUA